UUGAUGGUCAAUCGGCUAGUACGUGUGCCUGAGCUCCCGGGAAGCCGAUCAGCUGCACUCCUCUCCUAACCAGUGUGCGUCAGUGCAGCUGGAAGUUUUACUGUACGAUCGAGGAAUAUUGUUGAAGCUCUUCGUUUAAAUAUGUCUACAAUUAAAGUGAAGAAAGUGAAAAUGGCUACCAAAUCAUGCCCCGAAUGUGACCAACAGAUUCCUGUGGCUUGCAAGUCCUGUCCUUGUGGUUACAUCUUCAUCAGCCGAAAGCUUCUCAAUGCUAAAUUAAAUGAGAAGUCAUCUCCAGGAUUAGACAAAUUGGAUGCCAAAAGAAGACGAACCGAAAGAAUCAGAAAAGAGAAAAUAAACUUAACAUCUCCAAGCGACAUGGAAAACAGGAGACGAUCGCGUACCAACAGUCAGUCUGAUCCAAUUCGUAGAGGCAGAGGGAGACCCAAAACUGUUGGACUGAAGAAGCAGGAGGAAGAAAAAGAAAAACAGGAAAAGGAGGUUGACAUAUAUGCCAACCUCUCCGAUGAGAAAGCUUUUGUGUUCUCUGUGGCCUUGGCAGAAAUUAAUCGCAAAAUUAUGGGACAGAGACUCAUUCUGUAGCAGGUGCUGGUGGAAACAAAUACAGAUAGAACUCAGGACUCUUUCUACGCAAGUGUGCGGGUAUCCCAUAUGUCUAAUGUAAAAGAGGGUGGGAAACAGUGACCCGGAAAUGCUUAUGACUGUGGCUUAAAUCCUGCCUACAUGCAGCCGAAGCUCAGUGGUGCUACCGUGUGCUGGUGGGAAUUCGAAACUGCUCUGCAGAUCUGUACGAGGGAAAAAUGACUGCUGUCCUCGGCAAGAGCGGAAAAUUGCAGUUAAUAUUAGGGGUGUAUGAUUCUAUUUAUAUUUUAAUUAAAAUUUUAUGGAAUGUAUUAAGUGUCACUCUUAGUCAUUUCUUAAAAAGAGGCAAACACUGGGUUCAGCAAAAGGGCGACAUACGUGCAAGGUUAUCACAUGGCUGGUAUCUUUAAUUCAGACUCGAAAGAUAAUCUUUUACACUGUUUUGUGUAUUGAGGUGCCGGUGAGCCAUUUAUUUCUUAAGUAACCUUGUGGCUUUUGAACCCAGGGGAAUUCCUGAUAAAUGGUUAUUUAUUAUGCCUCUACCACCUUAAUUUAAGUGCAUAUUUUAUUUUUCCUGUAUAGUUUUCUUUUACAAACAGCAACAACAAACUUGUGUAAUAUUCAAUUUGUGAAUAUAUUAAAAAGUGAAAUUCUCUGAA